AUGAACCAGGGUGAGAAGCCAUUUUGCUGGGGCAGGUGGAGGCAGGGAAUAGAAGACGACCCCAUUUCCCCCCAGUCCAAAGUAGGUCCAAUCCCAGUGGGAAGGAGGGCAGCUCCUCCCCACACACCCCCCAAUCCUCAGAGGAGCAAAAAGCCGUAUGAUCAGGACUGGUUUCCACCUGGGCCCAACCUCGACUUCCAGCAAGGUACUGUCUUGCAAUCAAAAGCAGUGUCAGCUGACUCAGACAAGGACGCGGGGAAAAGCCAAGGGGGAGGUGUGGUGUGCCUGAACCCCAUUGGCUGGAAGAUGAAGAAGUUUUUUGGCUUCGGCAGUAAGACGACCGUGCUGUCCGCCGGCUCCUCCGGGGAGGGCAGUAGUGGAGUCAACCAGCUGCCCGGGUACCAUGUCCGAGACAAGGAUCUCGGGAAGAUACACAGGGCAGCCUGUGAGGGCGAUGUGGCCAAAGUGGAGCAGAUCCUGCUGCUCAGGAGAAAUGGCCCCAAUGAUAAAGACAAGAGGAACAGGACUGCUCUGCAUCUGGCCUGUGCCGGUGGCCGUCCAGCAGUGGUGACUCUACUGGUAAAGUGGAAAUGCCAGCUUAACAUCUGUGACAGUGAGAACAGGACAGCACUGAUAAAGGCUGUCCAGUGCCAGCAAGAAGAAUGUACCAGUAUUCUGCUGGAACAUGGUGCCGACCCAAAUCUUGUGGAUGUCAAGGGCUACACGGCCCUCCACUAUGCUGCCUUUGGUCCGAAUAUCUCCAUCGCAGCAAAGCUGCUUUCGUACAAUGCUAACAUAGAAGCAAGAGACAAGGAUGACCUGACUCCGCUUUUACUUGCUGUCAGUGAAAACCAACAGCAAAUGGUGGAAUUUUUAUUACAGAAAGAAGCCAACAUACAUGCAGUUGACAAGAUGAAAAGAACAGCCCUCAUACUUGCUGUAAAUUUUGCAUCAUCAAGUGUAGUCAGGCUGCUUCUUGAGCAAGGCGUUGAUAUCUCUCCUCAAGAUUGCUAUGGACGGAAUGCAGAAGACUAUGCUGUUAUCAAGGGUCAUCAAAUAAUGCACGACCUGAUUUUGAAAUAUAAAGGAGAAAAGGAACUUAAAACACCUUCUCGAGACAGUAUACUAGAUCGCACAGCAGAGGGACCUCCAAGGCAGACAUCAGGAGAAACGGAGUCAAAGCAAGGUAUUCGGUGA